AUGGAAAAUCAGGACUUGACUUUCUGGAAAAAUUACCAGACAGCUAUGACAUGGAUCAAAGAAAAUCAGACGACGGAGCCAAGCGGAGAGCAAGAAGAUCAAGUGAAUAACGAUGACGAAUUGGAAUUUAUGAUUGAUGAUGAUUUGCUCGACUUUUAUCGCCUUUCACGUGAUCAUAAACUGGACCGGAAAAAUCGGAGAACUCAAGAGAAGAAUGAGGCUGAACAAAUCGAUCUGAUUCCUGGUGAACAAAUGCGUCCAAAUGCUCAGUCGAUCAGUAAACUUCCUCCAAUUAAUCGCGCCAAGCUACGUCAACUAGAACUUGAAUGGCUAUACGGUUCAAGCAAUUCUUCGAAAAUUCACGCACGUGAAACUCAACUCCAGAUGGAGUUCGAUCGAAUAUUUGAUCAAAAACAACCAUCGUAUUUUCCAAGUUUACCUAACCGUCUACAAUUAAAUCCACAUGUUCAUGGACAACGCACUAUAUUUACAACUGUUCCUAUACUUGACACAGAGCCUUAA